AUGAAUCCAGAUCCUAAAAGUAUUAAUAUCCCUAAGGGAAGACAUUCAUUUUAAUGUGGAGGUAUUUAUAAUGAACAAUUUCUAGGUCAAACUUUUGUAGUUGAUUAAAAAUAUGAAUAUAUUAAAUAGAUUGGACAUGGAGCCUAUGGAGUUGUAUGUUCUGCUUAAAAUAAGAGAACUGGGUAAAAAGUAGCAAUAAAAAAAGUAAUUCUAUAAAUUUAUAAAGGUCGCAAAUGCAUUCGAUGAUUUGAUUGAUGGCAAAAGGAUAGUUAGAGAAAUCAAAUUACUAAGUACAUUUGAAAUUAUAUAAAGAAUUUUUUAAACAUGAGAAUAUCAUAUCACUUUAUGAUGUAUAAAAGCCUGAAGCAAAAACUGGAUUUAAUGAUAUUUAUAUUGUAACAGAAUUUAUGGAAACAGAUUUACAUAGAGUUAUAUAUUCUAGGUAAGAACUAACAGAUGAGCACAUUCAAUAUUUUGUUUACUAAAUUCUAAGAGGAUUACUUUACAUGCAUUCAGCCAAUGUAAUUCAUCGUGAUCUUAAACCAGGCAAUAUUUUAGUAAACAAAAAUUGCGAUUUAAAAAUAUGCGAUUUAGGUUUAGCAAGGGGAUAUGAAAAUGAAGAAGACUUUAAAACAGAGUAUUAAAUAAUUCAAUUAUUCUAGAUAUGUUGUUACUAGAUGGUAUAGGGCUCCUGAAGUAAUAUUGAAUGCAUCAGAAUACAGUAAAGCCGUUGACAUUUAUUCUGUUGGUUGUAUCUUGGCAGAAUUAUUGGGAAGAACUCCUUUGUUCCCAGGCGAAAAUUAUUUAGAUUAAGUUUAAAGAAUUAUUGCAGUCUUGGGGAGUCCUACUGCUGAUGAUAUGAAAUAUAUUGGUAACAAUAAUGCUAUUAAAUACAUUAAAAGUCUUCCAAAAAGAUCCAAGUAGAAGUGGGAAGCUCUAUUUCCAAAGGUAUGAUUUCCAAUACUUAUAUUAGGCAAAUAAUAAAGCUUUAGAUUUAUUGGGAAAGAUGAUAACAUUUAAUCCAGAAUAACGUUAUACUGUUGAAUAAUGUCUCUAACAUCCCUAUUUCGAUGAAUUACAUAAUCCUGAUGAAGAACCUUUAAGUGGUAAAGCCUUUGAUUGGAGUUGGGAUAAUUUCGAGCCAACCAAAGAAAUACUUUAAAAUAUGAUAUAUUAAGAAUCCCUCUCCUUUAAUGAUGAAGUACCUGAAAGGAAAAAAAAAUCAAAUUAAUUCUAAUUGAAAGCUUGAAUUUAU